UUGGGCCCCCCAUAAUUGCUCCCUUCCUUCCUUGGGAGGCUACAAAUAGGGAUGUCUUGUCUCUAGGCUCCCACAGCUGAAACACCAGCACAGUGUGAGGAUGGCCAGGCCUCUGGAGCAGGCAGUGGCUGCCAUCGUGUGCACCUUCCAGGAGUAUGUGGGGCGCUGCGGGGACAAACACAAGCUCUGCCAGGCGGAGCUCAAGGAGCUGAUACAGAAGGAGCUGCCCACCUGGACCCCGACGGAGUUUCGGGAGUGUGACUACAAUAAAUUCAUGAGUGUUCUGGACACCAACAAGGACUGUGAGGUGGACUUUGAGGAAUACGUGCGCUCACUUGCCUGCCUCUGCACCUACUGCCAUGACUACUUCAAGGACUGCCCCCCAGAGCCUCCCUGCUCUUAGUAGCCUCUGCUCCAGUGGGCAGGGCUGGCCAGCAGGCAGGCAUCUGCUGGGGCCUGCUCCAUCUCUGCCCUGAGGUGGUCCUGGGCAUGUCAUCCACUCCCCACCCCACUCCUGUUCCCUCUCCACUUGGAAUCUCCCAGGUUUGCCCCUAAUAUGUUAACCCAUUUUACCCAGGAAGCCAGGAGACGUGAGGGGACCUUCCCCAGGAUCACAGCUAGUGACGGGUAGAGCAGCCAGCUGCUGCCUCCCUCCCGUGGCCUGUGAUGGGUUUGAGGCUGUUAAGGACCAGCAGAGUGUGCGCAUGAAUGAGACCACGCCAGAAAAGGGUCUAUUGAACUCCUAAUAAAGAACUGGUGGCACUUGG